CAUCCGCUUCUUCUUCCUUGCAACACGUCGCGACCAUCACCAUGUUCUGCGCGAUAUCCGGCGGACCGCCGCAGGUCCCUGUGAUCUCAGUCAAGUCCGGCCUCGUCUACGAAUCCCGGCUGAUUCGCAAGUACAUCGACGAGAAUGGCAAGGAGCCCACGACUGGUGAGCCCCUCAAGGAGGACGAGCUCGUAGAGGUCAAGGCCAGUAAGUACCAUGAUGAUGAGUUCGGCGCGCGUGAUGAAAACUUCAAAACAAAAAUACAUUAUCAACUAGAAGCUGUUGAUGAGCCUCGAGAGGGGCGUGGAUUUGAUCAAGACCUUCUGAUGCCAGCGAGAUGGGGCGAGGCGAGCAACAGUCACAACGUAUGAUCGCAGAGCUGACCAUCUACUCUUGCUCAAAUACCCGUAGACCCUCGUACAAUCGCCCCUCGUCCCCCCACACUCUCGUCAAUCCCGGCCCUCCUCUCCUCCCUCCAAAACGAGUAUGAUGCUAUCAUGCUCGA